CUGCGUUUUGUAGAAAUCACGACGGAUGAAAGUCUUUGUGAAAUAACAACAAAACGCUAUCGUAAAUAUUGGCCCACGCAAAUGAAUGCCUAUACUAUACACUAAGUUACAAGGCCGUACGUCAAAAACCGAAUGAAUAAACAUUAAUGAAGACACAGCAGUAUUUUUAUUGAUACUGUUUUAGAAUGAAUUAUUAUUGGCUCAUUGUGAACCUUUGAUGGGAAAUCUUGUGAUUUUGUCAAUUCUCUAUGCGUAUUUUAUAUGGUUGAACAAUUUUUUAAAUAAGAAUGUACAUAAAGUAAAAUAUAUUCGUCAAAUUAGUUUAUAAUAACAUUAAUGAUUUGUUUCUAAUGAUAAUUGGUUGUGUUUUCAAAAAAUGUGAGCGGAAAAUACUUUGUUGUUAGGUUAUUAGUGAAUAAUGUCAAUCAAAAUUCCACAAUUAUCAUGUUCUUGGAAUUUGUCAAACAAUCACAAAAUAAGUUUAUUGAUUUGAAAUUUAAAUAAACAUGAAUGAUAAUCUAUAACACGAUGGGAGGAAGUAUAUUUGAAAUACUUCCAUUGUACCAUCAAAAUGGAAGUGGCAGAGAAAUUUGUCAUUGGAUAACACAUAUCAAAUUAUCUAGAAUUAUAAUGUUAACAUCCGCUGUUUUAUUCAUUGUACCAUUAUUUACUCACUAUUAUUUAUCAAAGGUGGAAUCUGACUCUCCAGAUAAAGACAUUUAUCGUACAUUUUCCACACUGGAAGCUUUUGAAGAUUUUACUCCUAUGAAAGCUUCUCAGUUGAAGAUGAGAAUAGAGGAGAUGCUACGUAUUAAAGUUUCUGUAAAUAAUGAGCUUAGGGAUUUGAGUGCAAAGAGACAAAGACUUCAGAUCGAAGUUAGUAGCUUAACUCAAAGAAUUGAUGAAUUAAAACAGGAAUUAUUACACCAGCAAACAGAUCUCGAUAGAUUAAAAAUCAGUGUUGAACAAGCACAAGUAGCUCAAAGAGAAGCAGUGGAAAGAAAUACACCAGAAUUGGCUCCACCCAAACGUAUUUUAAUGAAUUCUAUUCCUGUAGUAUUACCUAGCACAAUUCCACAUUUGUGUAGAAUGUAUAAUUGUUUUGACCACAGUCGAUGUGCAUUGACUAGUGGUUUUCCAGUAUACUUGUAUGAUCCUGAUCAGUAUUCUGUAGUAAAUUCUGGAUGGGAUGUUGAUGGAUUUUUGAAAACUACCAUAAAACAAACCUUAGGAUACAAUCCGCAUCUUACUACAAAUGCAGCCGAAGCUUGUAUAUACAUAGUUCUUAUAGGAGAAGCUCUCUCUACUCAACAAAAUGUAGAUAAAAAAUUUCGUAAACCUAUAGAUGUAAGAAAAUUACAUGCACUCCCUUAUUGGGGCGGAGAUGGCAGAAAUCAUAUUUUGUUAAACCUAGCACGUAGAGAUCUGUCUGUAGAAUCUGGAGAUAUUUUUAGUGGAGUAGAUACAGGGAGAGCCAUAAUAGUCCAAUCCACAUUCUUUAGAAAUCAAUUUCGCGAAGGUUUUGAUUUAGUUGUUCCUCCAAUUUUGGGACCUCCGGGUGGCGACGUGUGGCAAGAAUGUGCACAAAUGUUGCCAGCAAGAAGAAAAUAUUUAUUAUCCUUUCAAGGAGAGAUGAGAUCUCCAAGAACGGCUACCAUGACACAUCAAAUUGAUGAUGCAGAUGUAGAUAUGGAAAGGCUAACAGUCGAUGAAAAUAAUUUAGAUGCUUUUAUUAUUCAACAUCUUAAAGAUAUGAGUAUAGGAUUAACAUUGGAUAAAUUUUUCAUUCAGUUUGAAUGUAUACCAGCCUCUGAGGAGAAAAAUUUAAUAGAAAUACUUGAUUGGUCUCUGUGUGGAACCGAUUCCUCGAGGAAAGCUAUACUGAAAGAAUCAACAUUUACUUUAAUUUUAGCUCCUAGCAAUGCCUCGUUUGUAACUACUUCAUCUAUGCAGGCUAGAUUAUAUGAAGCAUUGCGAUCGGGAUCUAUUCCAGUUUUUUUAGGUGGCGAUCAAAUUUUAUUAAGUUACAGUGAAGUUAUUAGCUGGCGCCGAGCUGCUAUCUUCUUGCCAAAGGCUAGGGUAACAGAAAUGCAUUUUCUAUUACGUGCCGUUCUCGACACUGAUCUUUUAAGUAUGCGUAGACAAGGCAGAUUAAUAUGGGAACGUUAUUUAAGUACUGCUCAAGGUGCUGUAGAUACUAUUAUAGCUGUAAUUAGGGACCGACUCGGCAUACCACCCCUGCCAGCACCUCAGACUGCCAGUCCAAGUGUCUUUAAUGAAAGCUUUGUGCCUUUAAAAUCUGAUACUAUUAUUGCUGAGCCGGAAGCAGAAGAAAGUCUGGGUCCUUUAGAGCCACCUUAUCCAUCUCCUGCUUUUAAAAGGAAUUAUACCACAAUGCUGCUGCAAGGGCAUGAAAUCUGGAACGAUUGGGUGGAUCCGUUUUAUUUGUACCCACAAUUACCUUUUGAUACCGUUCUUCCUAGUGAUGCAAAAUUUCUUGGUUCUGAAAUGGGAUUCAGACCAAUUGGCAAAGGUGCUGGAGGUGCAGGUAAAGAAUUUAGCGAAGCUUUAGGUGGAAAUUAUCCAAGAGAACAAUUUACAAUUGUUAUGUUGACAUAUGAACGAGAGCAAGUGCUUAUAAAUUCUUUGGCUCGGUUGUAUGGUUUGCCAUAUUUAAAUAAAGUGCUAAUAGUGUGGAAUAGUCCAAAACCACCCAUGGAAGACCUAAAAUGGCCUGAUAUUGGAGUUCCAAUUCAUGUAAUCAAGGCUCCACGGAAUAGUUUGAACAAUAGGUUUCUUCCAUUUGAUGCUAUUGAAACUGAAGCUGUUCUUUCAGUAGACGAUGACGCUCAUUUACGACACGAUGAAAUUAUGUUUGGAUUCAGGGUGUGGAGAGAGCACCGAGAUCGUGUGGUUGGAUUUCCCGGUCGUUUCCAUGCAUGGGACCAGAAUUAUCACAAUGCGUGGAACUAUAAUUCUAAUUAUUCCUGCGAAUUAUCAAUGGUUUUAACUGGUGCCGCAUUCAUUCAUAAACACUAUACAUAUCUUUAUACACACUGGUUACCGCAAGCAAUACGCGACAAGGUUGAUGAAUAUAUGAACUGUGAAGAUAUUGCUAUGAACUUUCUGAUAUCUCAUCUCACAAGAAAACCACCUGUUAAGGUUACAUCGCGUUGGACUUUUAGAUGUCCUGGAUGUCCAGUUUCUCUUUCUGAAGAUGAUACUCAUUUUCAAGAAAGGCACAAAUGCAUCAAUUUCUUCUCUCAGGUCUUUGGAUACAUGCCUCUCUUAAACACUCAAUAUCGAGCUGAUUCGAUAUUAUUUAAAACGAGAAUUCCACAUGAUAAACAAAAAUGUUUUAAAUUUAUAUAAAAGAGAAAAAAGUAAAAAUAAUAGAAUUAUAUAUAUAUAUAUAUGUAUAUAUAUAAUUAUAUACAUUUAGUAAAUAUCACUUGAUAGAAUUUACAUGAUUUUGAUAAAAUUUUGACUGAAUUUCCUAUAAAGUAUAUAAAUACAUAGGACAAACAUCGUAGGAUUUUUUAUUGUCGUCACUUUUUUAUUAUACCUUUUUUUAUCGAUGUACACGUUGAUUGAGUGAAAUGCACGUUCGAAAAAAUUUAAUGAUGAAACAUUGUUGACUGCAUACAUAUAUUAUAGUGAAUAUAGGACAUAGUGCGUAAUCUUUUUAUGUCCUCGUACACAUAACUUAUAUCACACCAAUGAUAACGAUUUACGGCGGAGCGUAAUAAAUUUAUUUACAAAACCGAGUUUAGUUUUACGAUGCACGAA